AUGGUUACUUUGCCUGAUGAACAUCACGAUGUGAGCAUGAAAAGAAUGGAGUCAUUCAAUGCCCUAUCUACCUUAAAAGGUGAUCUCAUGACAAGUAUAAUGGGCAAGGAAAAGGUUAGAAAGGAAAAUCGAUUUCUAAAGGAACAAGUGGCUCAACUAAGUUCAUUCACCUUGCCUUUACAGUCAGAAGUGUUAAAGGUAACAGCUAAAAACAAAGGCAUGAAGGAUAGUAGCAAAUUCCUCAGGACUAAUGCAGAGGUAGGAGUCAGAAGGGAAUUGCAUGAAGAAAAAGAAAGAAGCAGGGAAAUUAGAGAAAGACUAUCCAAAGCAGAAGUUGAUCUAGAUAAAGUAAAUAAAAGGUGUCAAGUGUCGAAGCCUAUUUUCAAUCUCUUUAGUCCAACAUUGAGAGCCACUAUGAGAUUGAAAUAUGGAAACACGCCCAAAAAAUACUCCAAGAAGAAAAGAUGGACUCCUUGCCCAAAUGGUGUAGUGGAAAUCAGACAUAAGGAAGAGAAGGAUAAAGGAAGGAAACUAAUCCAAAGGGAGUCUAUUCAGUCUAAUAAAACGUGGAGACAAAAUGAUGAGGGGAACAGAAGAAAGGAUAACAAAUGUAAUCAUGAAGAAUCCCUCAAGGGAAGUACUAGAAAUCUGGAUGAAGAGGAAGCAAGAGUAACUGAAUUAGAAAGAAACCCUAAACCUUCUUUCAAUACCAUGGAACAAUUCUACAUUGUAGAUACCCAGAUGUCCAUUGAACAUGUCGAUGAACCUGGUCGACCAGAAGAACAGACUCUUCACCAAAACUUGGUCAAGGCAGAGUAUAAAACAGAUAAUGACAAUGAUGUGCUCAUCACAAAAUUUGUAGGGAAAAAGGUUACAGGACCCCAUACACUAGAGGACAGAAGAGAGGCUGAAAAAGAACUAAACAAAGCCAUGGUGGCCAGUAAAAGACGUGAUGGAUCAAAAGCAAAAAUCAUCAAAUCUGCUUUAGUCUCUCACAUCGAAUCAAUAGAGAAAUCAGCAUCAAAAGCAGAUAAAAAAAGGGAAAAGUAA